UAUCUUAUUGUAUUACAUUAUUAUUGUAUUACAUUAUAAAAUAUGAUUUAAAUUUAAAUCGAAUGUCAACGGUAUUGAAAUUUCAGUGUUGCAGUAAUAUUUACUUAAGAAACGUGUUCGCAGAUUACGACAAUGGAUUUAAUUUUUUUGACACUAUGUACUCUUUGCAUCGUUGUGAUUUUCGCAUUUCUGCCAAAAUUGCAUCAUUAUUAUGUUAUUCGACAGAAACUCAAAAGCUUACCCACACCUGUUAUUGGUUCGAUAUUUAAGUUAAUGAGGUUAUCAGAUUAUGAGCGCCUAAAAUUGUUUCUAACGAUAAUGGAGAAUUGUAAAGAAGGAAUAUUCAUACAAUAUAUUGGAGCCACCCCUAAUAUUAACAUAUUUAAGCCAGAAUACUUGGAGCAUAUUUUUCCUAGCACCGUAAAUAUUACAAAAGGAGAUUUCUAUGAUAUGUUGAAACCUUGGUUGGGCAACGGACUUUUGACAUCUACAGAUGAACAAUGGUUCCACGAUAGAAAACUCAUCGGGCCGACGUUCCAUUUUAAUAUAUUAGAUCAAUUUGCUGGAAUUAUGUUUGAAAAAGCAGAGAUUCUGACAAAAUGUCUCCAAAAAGAGAUAGAAAAGGAGCCAGGAAAAGCCGUUAAUAUUUUUCCUUUUAUUAUCAAUGCUGCUCUUGAUAUUAUCUGCGAAACAGCAAUGGGUGUGGAUGUACAUGCUCAAGAAGUUGUAACUAAAUAUACAUCAACAGUACACCUGUUAGUUUUUAAAAUUCUUAUACUGCUAUUAUACUGUCCAACAUCAUUUUCCAACAGAGUAGCUUCCUCGUUAAUAAUGAAACGACUGUUUCGACCGUGGUAUUGGAUUGAAUGGUUGUUCUAUUCAGUGCCUACAGGGAAACAGUUUAAAUCAUCGCUUGAUAUAUUGCAUGGAUUUACAAAAGAGGUGAUAAAUAAGAGAAAGAUUGAACGACAAUCGCAAAACGGCCAUAUGGAAUUCGAAAAUGAAGACAAUGAAUUUAACAUAGGUAAACGUAAAAGACAAGCAUUCUUAGAUCUAUUAUUAGAUCAGAAUGCGAAAUCUGACACCCCUUUGACCGAUGAUGAGUUGAGAGCGCAAGUCGACACGUUCAUGUUUGAGGGACAUGAUACAACUGCGGUUGCGAUAACUUGGACGCUCUUUCUUUUGGGCGAUAAUUUAGAGCAUCAGGCAAAAGUUCACGAAGAACUCGAGGAGGUUUUCGGAGCUUCAGAAACAUCAGCCAGUAUAAAGGAGCUGUCGAAAUUAAAAUAUCUCGACAGAGUCAUAAAGGAGACACUCCGAAUAUUUCCGAGUGUACCUAUGAUCUCAAGGACACUAACGGAAGAUGUAAAAAUAGAUAAUUAUAUACUUCCGAAAGGUGUCAUGAUCACAUUGGCAAUCUUAUUAACACACCGAAAUUCGAUGGUUUGGCCGGAUCCAUUGAAAUUCGAUCCGGAUCGCUUUCUUCCAGAGAACUCGAAGAACAGAAAUCCGUACGCCUAUGUUCCGUUCAGUGCUGGACCAAGAAACUGUAUAGGUCAGAAAUUCGCUCAACUCGAAGAAAAAAUCGUGUUGACUACUAUCCUCAGGAAAUGGAGAGUGAAAAGUGUGAAAAGCGUCGACACGAUUAAGUUCGGUGGUUCUCUCAUUUUACGACCAAGUGAAGAUGUAUUAUUACAUUUCACGCCGAAGAAAUGAAUAAUUUGCUAUCAAAUAAGAUAGUUGGCCCAUAAAUCGUCAAGGUACCAGUAAUCGCCAAGUCCACUAUUAAAGAUGCAUUUUAGUGCUUUCUGUCGAUCGUGAAGCUUGCUAAUAUUUUUAUUAGUUCCAAGGAAGUAUUUACAAUGUUGUGUUAUAUAUUUUAUAUCGUAUAUGUUACACGCACACACACACAUGUAUAUAUA